AUGUCGUCAGACAACUUAUAUAAUAGUAAGCGAGCAGCUUUAGAUGAAGAUUGGUUAAAGUAUAAUAAAAUUACAGAUAUUCUUACUGUUGCCCAAGAUAUUAAGCCACGUUUUCCUAAGUCAUUCGUGUAUAAAGUCAUCCCAAUAAGAGAUAACGAAUCACAAGAUAUAUCAAAAUAUUUCGAAGAGACUUUUAUGUUUAUACAGAAUGUUUUAGAUCAAGAAGAUAGAAGAAUUCUCGUUCAUUGCGAAAUGGGAAUGUCACGUAGCCCAACUGUUGUUAUUGCUUAUAUUAUGAGAUCUCAGAAGAAAUCACUAAAGGAAGCGGUAAUCUUUGUUAAAGAAAGAAAAUCCUUUGUUCGACCAAAUUCAGGUUUUUAUAGGAAACUAAAAGAAUUUGAGUCAGAAUUAUCGCUUAAAAAUGAUUCAGAUUCAGAAUCGGAACUACUGAACCAACUUGGUAAAAAUAUUUUAAUCGAUUAG